AUGGAGACGACAGACACAGCUUUAAAUGUUCAGGAAGGUCAUCUUAGAGCUCUGCUGAAGGAGGCAAUAGGAGUAACUUGCCCCAGUCAGCGAUGUUUUCUGUGGGCACAAUCUUCAUUUCGGAGUGUGGAGCUUACCAAGCUGGAAUUCAAUGAGAAGCUAAAGGAAGCAAAGUUAGUUUUAGUUGUUAAUAAAUGGAAUGAAAAAGCACAUGGUGUUUUCCAUCAAACAAAAGACAAAACAUGGUGUCAGAAAGUCAAAAAUAUCCUAGACAUUAACAUGGAUAAGCUGCACCCACCAAAAGGACUGUCACUGACAGGAAAUGUUGCCGAUAACUGGAUUAAAUUCAAACAAAGGUUUGAACUUUACAUUCAAGCGACUGGGUUAGAGGCAGACAAAGAAAAGCCCACCCAGAAAGCAUGUUUGUUUCUUCAUUUGAUCGGUGAAGAUGCACUAGAAGUCUAUAACAAUUUUCAGUUCGCACAAAAUGAAGAUGAGAAAAAGUUAGACAAGAUAAUUGAGAAGUUUGAAGCAUAUUGUAUGCCAAAGAAAAACACAACCUAUGAGCGGCACAAGUUUUUCACACUGAUGCAAAAACCGGACGAAACCAUGGACCAGUACGUUACUGAGCUUCGCACCAAAGCAAAAAACUGUGAACUUGGUGAUUUAACUGAUUCAUUGAUAAGAGACCGCAUCAUAUGUGGUGUUCCAGAUGAUUCACAGCGAGAACGUUUGCUCAGAGUACAAGAUCUUACACUAGAUGGGGCCAUACGUAUGUGCAGGACUACAGAAGCUACAAAGGAACGAAUGAAAGAACUAAAACCAGAAGACAAGGAGGUACAUGCUGUUAAAAGUAAACACAAUCCAAAACCCUUCAAACAAAAACAGAUAAACAAAGCUUUUUUAAACAAAGGAUACCAAAAGAAAAAUCAUGAACAAUGUAAAAGAUGUGGGGGAAACCAUGGAAAGGAUUGUCCGGCAGUAGGACAAGUAUGCAAGAAAUGUGGUAAACAAAACCACUACGCUAAAAUGUGUUUCACUAGUAAAAAGAAAGUCCAUGAGAUAAACGAAUUCAAUGACAGUGAAAGUGAGGCAGGUGAAUUCUUUGUGUAUACGGUGGAGAAUACCAAAGCAGAAGAAACUGAUGAAUGGUUCACACAUCUGAAGACAAAUGGAACAGAAAUAAAGUACAAACUAGAUACAGGAAGCCAGGAACAUGUGUGUGUGAUGAGAAAACAACAAGUCUACAAACUGCACUUUGUCAUAGUAACAGAGUCACGCACACCAAUCAUUGGAGUUAGUGCAUGCAGCAGACUAGGACUUGUCCAGAGAGUUUACAUGGGACUGGGAUGUUUGCCGGGCGAGCACAAAAUUCAGCUUGACAAAAACGUUCCACCAGUGAUACAUCCGUGCAGAAAAGUACCCUUUACGUUACAUGACAAACUGAAACAGGAGCUCGACAGAAUGGAAAAAGCUAAUGUCAUAUGUAAGGUGGAGGUUAGCUCGAUCGUUUUACCCGUAAAGAAAAAUGGAGCACUCACAGUAUGCUUAGAUCCGAGAGACCUAAACAAGGCCAUUAAGCGAGAGCACUUCAAGCUACCAUCAAGGGAAGAAGUAAUGUCAAAAUUCAAGGAUGCGAAGUAUUUCAGCAAGCCCGACGCCUCGUCAGGAUUUUGGCAAAUGAAACUUGACAAACAGUCUUCCAUGUAUACAUGUUUCAAUACACCUUUUGGGAGAUACAGAUUCCUACGCUUACCAUUUGGCAUAUCCUCCGCACCGGAAGUAUAUCAUAAAGCAGUACACAUGAUACUGGAGCAUCUCAAGGGGACAUCAUCAUUCAUGGAUGACAUCAUAGUCUGGGGAGCAAACCUUGAAGAACACAAUGAGAGAAUAAAACAAGUUCUGGAGACUGUUAGAGGAGCAAAUUUAAAGCUCAACAAAUCAAAAUGUGAAUUCGGAGUGCAGGAAUUGACAUUUUUAGGAGAUGUAAUCUCAGACAAAGGGAUCAAACCAGACCCUGAAAAAAUAUGGGCAAUUGAACAGUUUCCAACCCCGACGAAUAAGCAAGAUGUCCAAAGAUUUCUGGGAAUGGUCAAUUACCAAGGGAAGUAUAUCCCAGACCUUUCUACCAAAACACACACACUCCGACGCCUUCUGGAAGAGAAAAAUGUGUUUCAGUGGACGCAAGAGGAAAAAGAAUCCUUUGAAGAACUGAAGAAAGUUUUGACUUCAGCACCAGUUCUACAAUUUUACGACCCAAAUGCAGAGACAAGAAUCUCUUCAGAUGCAUCUAAGACAGGCCUAGGGGCGGUUCUUCUUCAAAAACAUGAUGACAAAUGGAUGCCUGUUGCGUAUGCCUCGAGAGCUAUGACAACAGCAGAAAAGAACUAUGCCCAAAUAGAGAAAGAAAUGUUGGCAAUUACCUUCGCUUGUGAACGAUUCCAUCAAUUCAUAUACGGACAAGCCGUGCAAGUCGAAACUGAUCACAAGCCCUUGGAAACCAUCUUUAAGAAAUCCUUGAGCGAUUGUCCUAUUCGGAUUCAAAGACUGAUGCUCCGACUGCAGAAAUAUACACUAGUGGUAUUUUAUACACCAGGAAAGUUCAUGCACACAGCUGAUGCAUUGUCAAGAGCCUAUUUACAGACAGCGUGUAGUGGAGAUUUGUCAGGAGAAGAAGAAGUUCAAGUUUACGUGGAUUCAGUAAUUACAAACCUUUCAGUGUCAGACAGAAAAUUAAAAGAAAUACGUCAAGAAACGGUUAAGGAUGAGCAGCUUCAAAAACUGGAGCAGACCAUCAGGGACGGAUUUCCUAAACAGAAAUGGGACUUACCCUCCUCGAUACAAGAAUACUGGAAUUUCAGGAGUGAACUCAGCUACGCAGAUGGCCUUAUACUCAAAGGUACCAAAAUAGUCAUUCCAAACUCCCUUAGGAAGGAAAUGUUGCAGAAAAUUCACACAGGACACCUGGGAAUUGAAAAAUGCAGACAAAGAGCCCGACAAAUCAUGUAUUGGCCAGGAAUGAAUCAGAGUAUUGAAGAAAAGGUCAAAUCAUGCUCCGAGUGUCUGAAACACAGAGCAAAACAAACAGCAGAACCAUUGCUUUCACACGAAACAGCAAAUUACCCGUGGGCAAAAAUUGGAGUGGAUUUGUGCGUGUGCAACAACAAAAAUUAUCUUGUCAUGUGUGAGUACUACUCGAAUUACCCUGAAGUUUGUCCACUAAAGAAGACGACAAGUACAGCGUUUAAUGGAUUAGCAGAGAAAACUGUCGGUAUCAUCAAGAAUCUACUCAAGAAAUCAGAAGAGGAUUUUUACCUUAGUCUCCUUGCUUACCGUGCAACACCGUUAUCCUGUGGAAAAUCACCAGCUGAAAUUCUGUACAACCGAAAACUUAGGACCGACUUACCUAUGUUAGAAGAACAUCUAUAUACAUCUAACAGAGAAGAUGUCAUCAAACAGAGAAAAGCUAGUCAAGGCAGACAAAAGUAUUACUACGACAGAUCAACUCAUCAAUUACCAAAAUUAGAGGAAGGAGACGUGGUCAGAUUAAGGAAUCUGGACGAUACAGCAUGGACCGAACGGGGAACAAUCCAAAAACAAAUCGAUCCAAGAUCAUAUAUUGUGUCAACCGGAAAUGCAGAAUAUCGCAGAAAUCGAAAAGACAUUCUAAGGACUUGCGAAAAUCCGACCAGUUAUCUGCGCAUUGAACCAGAACCGAGUGAUCAUGAAGUAGAAGCGACUGGAGACGAAAAUAUCCGAACGCGUGAUGAUCAAAAUGGUGAAACAGUGCGUCCUAAGAGACAAUGUGGCCCUCCGAAAAGACUCACUGAGGAAUGUUAA